AUGGAUCCAGGAAACGUUCUGUACCUCCUGCGUGCAGCGGCGCACUCGGUUGAUUACAUGAAUAGCGGCAGUAUUCAAGCGGACUUCAAGCGUGUCGCUCGCCAGGUCGAGCAGAGAUGGGUCGACUUCUUCGCAUUGUACAACACCGUGCAGGGAACCAACUACGACGUCAGCACGGCCUAUCAGAAAUGGCUUAAGGCACGUGGCAUUCUGGCCAACUACGGGCCUAACGCACAAAGCUUCUUUACCGACGCAGUGAACGUUCUGAGUGCCCAGCUAGCCGCAGCGGCGGCCCAAGGUCUCCCGGUCAUGGUCGGAGUACCGAAGCAGUGCUCUAGCACGAAAGUUCCUUUUACACAGAACGACCUCACCAACCUUCAGAACUCGCUCCCGGCCGGGAUCACCUGGACGUACCCGUAG